CCCCCGCGCGCAGCUCGCGGCCCCGGCCAUGGGGCUGGGCGGAUCCAGGGCUCGGCCAAGCUGAGGCGGCGGCGCCCGGCCGUGCGCCCAGCUUGCAGGCGCCUGGCUCUCACGAUGAUGAAGAAGAAGAAGUUUAAGUUUAAGGUGGACUUCGAGCUCGAGGAGCUCUCCUCAGUGCCCUUCGUCAAUGGGGUCCUCUUCUGCAAGAUGCGGCUGCUGGACGGCGGCAGCUUCACCGCCGAGUCCUCCAGGGAGGUGGUACAAGCAAACUGUGUUCGCUGGAGAAAGAAGUUUUCAUUUAUGUGCAAAAUGAGCGCAAGUGCUGCCACAGGCAUCCUAGAUCCUUGUAUCUACAGAGUGUCUGUGAGGAAGGAAUUAAAAGGUGGAAAAGCUUAUGCAAAGCUGGGCUUUGCAGAUCUAAACCUGGCAGAGUUUGCUGGAUCAGGAAAUACCACUCGCCGCUGUUUACUGGAAGGCUAUGAUACCAAAAAUACAAGACAGGAUAAUUCCAUUCUUAAAGUUUUGAUCAGUAUGCAACUGAUGUCUGGUGACCCAUGUUUUAAAACGCCUCCCUCCACUUCAAUGUCUAUACCAAUUGCUGGCGAAUCUGAAUCUUUGCAAGAAGAUAGAAAAGGUGGAGAGACUCUCAAAGUGCAUCUUGGAAUAGCAGAUCUUUCAGCAAAGAGUGCCUCUGUUCCAGACGAACUUGGUGCCUGUGGACAUUCUAGAACAUCAAGCUAUGCAAGCCAGCAGUCAAAAGUAUCAGGGUAUAGCACAUGUCACUCCCGGUCAUCUAGUUUCUCUGAACUCUGCCACAGAAGAAAUACCUCAGUGGGAAGCACGUCAACAGGAGUUGAAAGUAUUCUAGAGCCAUGUGAUGAAAUCGAGCAGAAAAUCACUGAGCCAAAUCUUGAUACAGCUGAUAAAGAAGAUACAGCUUCAGAAAAACUCAACAGAUGCCCAGUGAAACAAGAUUCUGUAGAAUCUCAGCUGAAGCGAGUUGAUGACACUAGGGUGGAUGCAGAUGACAUUGUGGAGAAAAUAUUGCAAAGUCAAGACUUCAGCCUUGAUUCCAGUGCUGAAGAAGAAGGACUAAGGCUAUUUGUGGGUCCUGGGGGAAGUACAACCUUUGGCAGUCAUCAUCUUCCAAAUAGGGUGGGGUCUGGAGCUUAUGAACAAGUUGUGAUCAAACGCUAGAAGUCAAGCCGGUGAAAACAUUUCCCUGCGGAAAAAUUUAAGAUGUGAGUAGUUGAUGUAUCAAGGCAUUUUAUUCAAGCACUUAAUAGAAAAUGAACCUCAACUAUCAAGAGGAAAGUCAAUGCUGAUUUCUUCUCUGGAAGGACCCACCACUAUCCUGUACCAGCCACCAAAGGGGAACAUCUGCAUGGCAGUCUCCAGGCACCGUGCUGCUGUGUGCCUUGGAAGCACCUGGCUUCUGUGGUCACCGCACAUGAUAAUGAAAAGCCUGCUUUGUCUUUCAGAACACCCCAGUGGAGAAAACAGCAUUAUACACAUCGGAGUAUCAUUUUAGGAUUCAAGUGUAAAAAUCUGUGAUCAAGGUGCUCAAUAGAUUUGGGCUCUAUGGUUUGGUUUUUUUAGGUUGAGAGACAGUACAUGAAUAUAACUUAAACCCUAUAGAUUUUGUCAAGAUAGUCAUAAUUCCUGUUCUGGAAAUCUUCCCUGUUACACUCUACAGCAUUGUAUAAAGCGUGGGUGUUCAUGCUUUGGGAAAAUGUUAGACUACAAUUGAAACAUGUGAUGUGCUUAUUCAUAAUUCUCAAUGUAUCAGUCAUAAAUGAAAUAACAAGUGCAUUUCAGUCUGAGAUACGUGAAUGGAUGUAAUGCCGUUUUUAUGCAGUAUAUAUUAUUAAUUGUCAUUAAUAUUAGAUGAGCUGCAGAAUCACCCCCAAGCACUACAUAAAAGACUCAAAAUAAGUUUAACACCCACUGUGUUAGGCACCCUAACAGAAGAGCUGUCUUAACUCACUGAAUGUUAUCGUCUGCUGGUUUCAGGAGUCAAAAUGUAGAAAAAGAGGAGAAUUGUAAUAUGGUCAGAAACAGAGAAGCCUUUUCUAUGUAAAUUCAGACUUACCUGAGGCUAACAGUUUUCCAAAGUGGUGGUGGGUAGCAGCAUGACAGCUGCUUGCCGUGACUGAUGCGGACUGGUAGGUUUCCAUUUUAGCUCUCUGUAGGUACUAUUUUCUUCUCCACUGUGUCAAAAGUUAGUUGUUUUGAGGCAAGAGUAGAAUAUAACAUACAUCAAAUAUAGCUUUUAAAAUAAGAAUACCUGGUUUGGAUCCAGUUGAGCAGCACAGCAGAUAAACCUUAGAGUUUUUCUGUUCUUACAUGACAGUUUCCAUGUGGAAAGAUCAAACUUUCUGGAAUCACUGUUAGUGAAGAAAAAUGUAGAAUCUGUAUAACCAGUAAUUCCCCAAUUCUUACUUUCAAAGUCAUACCCAGGAAAGACAAUAUGUCAGAAUAGAAUGACUUUGGUCUAGGUGUUUUCACGUUGGCAAAAA